AUGGCCGCCAAAGUACGUAUACGGUCGGACAUUUUCUUCAAGGGAAACACGUCUUACUCGUGUACGACAAUAAUGUCAUAUAAACAGACGCGGUCCACCGAAACGUCGCUUUUAUCUGCGCGUGUUCCUCAGAGGAAAUGACUCUGAGGAAAAUAUUCAACAAAUUUCAAAAAAUUCACGUGUUUAAUAAUGGCAUAAUAUCUUUCGAGACCGUGCAUUGAAAUUCCACGUUUCGGCGAAACGCGUCUGUUUUAAAUUCAAACGAUUUUCCUUUUAAAAACGCGUCUUUCAUAACCUAAACUAACCAAGCCCGACCUGUGAAUCCAUAAUAUUGUCUAACACUAUCGCGCAUUUCAGAUGAUCAUUCUCGCCGCCUGCGUGGCCGCCGCCGUCGCCCAAUACGCCGCCCCAGCUUACCCAGCACCGGCUUACUCCGCACCAAAGGCCUACGCCCCAGAGCCCGCGUACGCCCCGGCCCCGUACAGCUUCGAAUACGCCGUCAACGACCCGACCACCUACGACGUGCACAGCCAGGCCGAAUCCAGCGACGGAAAGACCGUCAAGGGAUACUACAGCCUGAUCGAAGCCGACGGCACCAAGAGGAUCGUCGAAUACACCGCCGACGACUACGGUUUCAACGCCGAGGUCAAGAAGGAAGGCACCCCGUCUUACUCCGCCCCAGCUUACAAAGCCGCCCCAGCCUACAAACCCGCCUACUCGGCACCCGCAUACCCAGCACCAGCUUACCCAGCACCCGCAUACUCGGCACCCGCCUACAAACCAGCCCCGUACAAGGCAUACUAA